GGGAACGCCUAUAGUCCACUGUGGACUACAUUUCCCAGAAGGCCAAGCGGCUGUCAUUGCAUGCGCGGGCAGCGUGAGUUCGUCUUUCAAACCCGCCGCUGGGUCUAAGGUGGAACGAGCUUGGGUCGUUUUGUGGCCUGCUCUUGGCAGUUGUCCUUUUCUGCCGCUUGGAGAAGUAGCCUACGUUGCAGCGGGGGUGGAGGGGCUUAACAUCCAGCCUGAAUAAGAGUUUUGGGGAGCUUGAAACCUUUCUCACUACUCUGUGACAUUUUAGUUGGCCCUAAGAAAGAUAUUCCCCUACUACUUCCUUUUAUUAUUAUUAUUUUCUAAUUGAAAACUGCAAUUUUUACCUGAUUCACAUUGGUUAUUUUUUCUUUACACUGGCAUGAUUCCUUUAACUGCCUUUGAGUCACUUCAUUUUUUUCAAUAUCUGUUUGUUUUUCUUUGUUUUACAAGUCUCACAGGAUAGAGUCACUUCAUUUUAACCGCCUUGGAAUCAUUCUUCUAACAAUCUUGCAUCUCUUUGUUUUGUCGUAUUAUUGUGAGAUUUGAUGUGUGGCCUAUGGCUAUAUGCAAAAUCAAUUAAAAAGAAAACCUGUGAGAAAAUACACACUAUCCAUCAGUUGUGUAUAAUCACACACCUUCAUUUCAGUUCUUUGUGGUUUUUUAUAAAACAAAAUAACUUUCUCUGGGGAAAAUAUGGGCUUUCUUCAAAUAGCCUAUUAACUGAUAUUUUGAUACCUAUGUGGAAUGUGGGUGUGUAAAGUAUUGUGUGCACCUGCUGGAACAUGUUUUGUUAGGUAACUAGUGACGUAACAAUGGCAUUUACCAUUGCCUCCCACAGUUUAAGGUGGCAGGAGUUCACCAUCUGCACAAGCAUCAAGUGCUAUUCUGUGAGAAGGCUGUGAAAAUGUGCUCUAUCAUGAUUAGAGUUCCCAUUUCACCUAUAAACAUAUCCUGAGAUGUUGACAAAAACAUUCCUGUUGUGUGAAAAGGCCCUGGGCCUAGAACAGACUUCUGGAGAGGCAUGUUCUGUGUUUCAGUCCAAAACACGGGCAGUAACCUUUCUUUUGGCCUCUAUCUGAAGACCUGCAGCAAGACUCACACCCAGCCCAGGAGUGGAUGGAUAUCAAGGUUUCCUGUGGACCCUGGAGGGAUGGUUGGCUAUGACCCAGAUUCCGAGUGCAUAUCCCUUUCAGCAGCGGAAGUAGCAGCAGCAGGAUCUGCAUCUGGGCUGAUCACUCGGGUAAUGAUAAGCCCCUUUGAUGUCCUAAAGAUCCGUUUUCAGCUUCAGAUAGAGCAAAUUUCUCCUAGAAAUUCACAGGCUAAGUAUCAUGGUAUCUGGCAGGCCAUUUGCAGGAUUUAUCAGGAAGAACAGUUAACAGCUUUCUGGAAGGGCCACGUCCCAGCUCAGCUCCUCUCAGUCACCUAUGGGGGUGUGCAGUUUCUAAGUUUUGAGUUCCUGACAAAGCUGGCACACCAUGACACAUCUUAUGACGCCCGUGAUUUUGCUGUGCAGUUUGUCUGUGGAGGCAUCUCUGCUUGUAUUGCCACUGUGGCAGUUCAGCCCCUUGACACACUGCGUACCCGCUUGGCUGCCCAAGGCGAGCCAAAGGUUUACAGGAACCUCCGCCACGCUGUGGUGAGCAUGUACCAGAAUGAAGGGCUGCUGACUUUCUAUAAGGGACUCAACCCUACCAUCAUUGCUAUUGUCCCUUAUGCUGGCCUCCAGUUUUCCUUCUAUGGCCUCCUGAAGAGACUGUAUGACUGGAUUCUUCCCAGUGAAGGAAAGACAGCAGUCAGUGUUAAAAACCUUGUAUGUGGCAGCUGUGCUGGAGUCAUCAGCAAAACCCUCACUUACCCUUUUGACCUGUUCAAGAAGCGACUGCAGGUCAGUGGCUUUGAACAUGCCCGGAAAGCAUUUGGGCAGGUGCAGACAUACAGUGGUUUAGUGGACUGUGCCCGGCAGAUUGCACAGACUGAGGGAACCAGCGGGUUCUUCAAGGGCCUCUCCCCAAGCCUACUGAAGGCUGCAUUUGCAACAGGCUUCACCUUUUUCUGGUAUGAGCUGUUCUGCAGUCUCUUCCGUGCCCUGAAGGACUCCGACUCAAAGAAGCAGAAAGGCUGAUGCAAGCGAGAGCUGCUGUCCACCGUGAACAUGGUGGAAACAUAAUUCUUCAUGACUUGCCGUUGUAUUUUGGGGGUGGGAGGAAAGUGGGGUAGAGGAGAUGGUCUCUUUGCCAAAGCCCAGCUUGCACGCUGCUAAGGCACUCGGCCCAAACAGAAGGAGCUGGUCCUCAGGAGUUUCUGCCAAGAGCAUUGUGGCCUGUUCUUUCUGCCUGCGGCUGUGGCACCGAGUGCCUCCUGUCAUGUCUCUCAAGCAACAGCCAUGUUAAGCCUGGGAGGAGUUUGACAGGUAUCACCACUGAGGCUCUCUAACCUAGCUACGUCCAUUCAAAAUAGUGGGGAGUGUUUGGUUUGCUUUCCCUCCAUCUGCAAAGCUUUUCCAUCCUCUCAGGACUGGUACUGUUCUGAUUGCUCUGAAUCAGCUCCAGGUGACAUGCUGGCAUCCCCUUCAACACUCCAGGGACACAGUCUUCCUCCGAUUGCUCUGCAGUUGACAUAGUUGCUAGCCGGGCUCCCCCAGCAUUGCCCCUUUCUAGUGCUUAUGGUAAGCUAGAGCGGCAUGACUCCUGCUGCACCCCGGCACUCACACUACUUCUGUGGAGGGAGCACUUGCCUGCUAGUGGGCUACGCUGGUGGCUCAGCACGGGCAGUGUCACUGCUGCAGCCUGAACAUUGGUUGCCAUGUCAUUUCCAAUCCCUGCCCUUGCCUCUUGGUGUAUAAGAGCAUCAUUUCAACCUCUGAAAAAGUUGUUUACCUAACAUGCUCGAAAUGAAAGCAAGCCCUCAUAGCUGCCUUGGGGUACAUCUGUCUGGCAGUUCUGAAGAAGAGCAGACUUACUCCCACUAGUCAUCUUCCCUUGGAGCUAGUAGGUUCCUUGGUGAUCCCACUUUCCUCCCCACACAGACACAUGUGGACUGCUUGUCCAAACUGCAGCCAAUAUAGUCAUACACUAGACCCACAAAACAAAUCACCCAUAUUUUUAGAGUGCCAAUUUCUGCACUCUAGCUGUAACUCACAACUAUUGAAUCUAAACUAUGGGAAAUUGCCUUCUGGAUGCAUCACAGCCUUUUAGUUUUGAACUGUCUUAAAUAAUGAAGAAAAUGCCUAUUAAUUCUAAUAUACAGCAUUUUAAAAAAAAAUCUUCUUGGAGGUUCACCCUCAUCCCCACCCCCACAUUUUAAAAAAUGCAACAUUUUAAUUGCUGCUCUAAAAUCAUCAGCUCAGAAUCGUGUCAGUCAUUUAGACUAUGUCCAGGGUACUGGUGUGCUAAGGAUUGCUGCUGUGUUCUUGAAGGAGAGAAUCCAAGUACCAACUCACUGGUGUGUUGGCAAUUUUUAAUGAAAAUGGCACUGCAUAGUAGUAUUUAAGUAGGUUUGCUUGGAGGCUCCAUCCUAAUAAACUGGAUGCACUGAUGCUAAUUCAUUUUGUCUGCUAUAAGAGGUAUAGGCAGUUGCAGUAGUCCUAGUUCUCUCUUCAUUCUAUGGCCAGAAGCUUUUUUCUAGUUAGGAGCAGACUGCAACAAGAGUGUAUGGAGAGUAACAUUUUUGCAAGACACUAUAGCCUAAGUGGAGCAUGUACUGCAGAAGCAUGUCCCAGUAGUUUGGUGAGGGGGAGAAUGAAGUCCCUCCAUCCUCCCAAGUCGAGGAGCUGUCUGGGCUGGGAUCUGAAGCAAACUACCCAGCACAUAUCCUAAGCAAGCUGGUCCGCCUUCCAGCCUAUGAUCUCCCUUCAUACUGGGUCAUCACUGCCAACCUGAGAAGGAAAGCAGGUGGGGACAUGUUAAGUCCCACAGCACAAGACCUGGUAUAAGCAAGGUAUUUGGUCUGAAGACAAGAGCACUUAAUUUCUGCCAUUGUAUGAAAGGCAUUCUUGCAUAAUCUUCAAAGCAAGCAGGGCUGAUCUUAUUUCUGAGGCAGGCAGAUCACGCUGGAUCAGUAGAGCUCAAGUUCUAUGAGGAGCAUAGAAAUAGAAAUGGGAAAGACUUUCUGAUCACCUUGUACUUCUUUGAUCUGCAGGACAGGGUUCUUUCUUUCAUGCACUUUUAUUUAAUUGCCAUAUGCAAUAAGUCAUGUGAGAUUCAUAUUCCAGCUACUUUGUAUGGCUGGAAAAGAUGGACUGUCUAACCUUUGAAUUAUGAACACCGAAAACAAAGGUUCUGAAAUGUUUACAUUGGACAGGCUGUUUUUUGCAGUCCUUCCUUCCUUUUGCCUUCAAAGAUCUGGACUGACAAAUUAAUACAAACUCUUUCACAGCAUUUUGUAGGGGUGGAAUGACAUAUAACAGGGCAAGUGCAAGUUCCCAAACUUGUACUAUUAAUGUGGAGGUGGGGGUGCACAGAGGAGAAUUGGAAGGUGGGAGAUGCUUAAUCCUUUCCCUGCAACCUCUCCCCCUUGAUUUGUUUUGCUUGUUUUCCCCCCAGACAAGCUUUGGAAUGAGGCUGGCACAGUGGGGGAAAUAGCCUGGUGGGAGAGGUUGCAGGGGGAGAAUUGGUAGAGGGAAGAUUAAAAUGCAACCUACCACUCACACACUGAUUCUUCCCUGUAAAUCUCCCACCUCACCCAUCCAUGCACAUUACCACAGUCAUAUUGGCAAGGUAAUAUGUAGUUUGCUCUCAGAACAGAUUUGGGGGUCAGUGAAGAAACCAGCCCAAAGUGUGGUCACUUUCACAUUCAGCAGGUGACAUUUCUUGUAAUGCUGAAAGAGGAACUUGUACAUCUUUCCCAUGGUCUGAUGCGCAAACUAUCUUUGCAUCAAAGACAUGUAAAUCUGACCACAGGGAGAAGGAGGAGACUUCUUUAAUAGUCUCCAAAGCCACUCUCAUGUCUGGUUCUGAUGUGUCAACAGCAACCUAAAGAAACUCGGAAGAGACCAUUGGUUCACUUGCUGAUAUGUAUCUCUAGACUAGAGUUUAUGAAUAAAUUGGUUUAUCCCCUGACACAGGCCUGUGCCCUACAGCUCAACCUCCAAACUGCUGGGUUGUGUAGGUUUAAUUGAAUCUCGUGCCUUAUGCCACCUCCAUAUCAAGAUGCACUUUACUAAGUAGAGCCUUAGAUCCCAGAGGUUUACCAGGUCUCCUAACGCUAAUAGCUAAUAGCCCACCCAAAAAAACACAUUGGAAGCUAGAGUAUUUAGGACCUCCAUUGUUAAGAACUCUACUCCAAUAUCUCUAAUGCAUGUACUGUAUUAUGUUCAUUUCCAAUUGCUUAUCUGAUUUGCACAUUUAGGAUUUUGCAUUUCAGGAUGCAUGCAGAGAGAACUUGUGUGGUUGUGAAAAAGGGAAAAUGUUUCAGGAUUUAUUACUGAACUAAUAUUUAUUUUUCAAAUUACGUCAAAACUUAAUCCCUUGCAGCAUUUCUAGUCAUAUAAAAAUAUCUUUCUUAAGCACAGGACCCUUUAAGAAUUUGGACCAGCCUCAGUUUUUCAUUCUGUAUGGAACAUCUGCUUUUCUUGGAAGAAAUAUAAUAAACAUACUUAGCACAUA